UUGAAGCAAACUUGGAGUGACAUCAUAUUCCUGCGCCGGUGUCUGGUUCGUACCACAGAGAAGAAAACAUCGGUAGCCUUUGUUAUAAUUUUACUACUCAACAGAGCCGAAAUGCCAAAAGUUAAGAGAAGCCGAAAGCCCCCUCCAGAUGGAUGGGAGCUUAUUGAGCCCACUUUAGACGAGCUGGAUCAGAAAAUGAGGGAAGCUGAAACAGAACCUCAUGAGGGGAAGCGAAAGGUGGAGUCCCUUUGGCCAAUUUUCAGACUUCAUCAUCAACGCAGUCGUUACAUCUUUGACCUGUUCUACAAACGGAAAGCCAUCAGCAGAGAGUUGUAUGAGUACUGUAUAAAGGAGGGCUAUGCAGACAAGAACCUGAUUGCUAAGUGGAAGAAGCAGGGCUAUGAGAACCUGUGCUGCCUGCGCUGCAUUCAGACGCGAGACACCAACUUUGGAACCAACUGCAUCUGCAGAGUCCCCAAAAGCAAGCUGGAAGUUGUAAGAACGGCAGGAUCAUUGAAUGCACCCACUGUGGAUGCAGAGGAUGCUCUGGCUAAGAUGUAG